GUCUCCCAGGCAGCGGCGCCCUGCCCCCUAGCCUUAGGGACUGACUGUGGGGACUCCCAGCCGGAUCCCCUCGCCCCAGCCGUCACCCUGGAGAUCUUAAAGACCCUGGAGAAAAGCCACGUGGGGGGCUGGUUCCCCUGGGGCUUCCUGCCGUCCCCGGACUGUCUCAUCUUGUGGAGUGUGCCGGACGCGUGCAAAGAUGUGGACUUGGAUGUCCUCGUGGAAGCGCUGAAGCCCGUGGGGACCUUCAAGAAGAUCGGGAAGGUGUUCCGGCGCGAGGAGGACUCCACCGUGGGCUUGCUGCAGAUCGGCGACGAUGUGGACUACCUGCUCAUCCCACGCGAGAUCCACCUGGCCGGGGCCGUCUGGAGGGUCCUCUCCAAGCCGGCCACCAAGGAGGCGGAAUUCCGCGAGCGGCUCACCCAGUUUCUGGAAGAAGAGGGCCGCACGCUGGAAGAUGUGGCCCGCAUGAUUGAGAAGAGCACCCCGCACCCGCCGCAGCCCCCCAAGAAACCCAAGGCGCCCCGAGAGAGGAGGCGAGUGCCCCUGAUGGUGACGCCUCCACCCCGGCUCGUCGUGGGCACCUACGACAGCAGCAACGCCAGCGACAGCGAGUUCAGCGACUUCGAGAUGGCCAAGGCCCGGCCGGCCGGUCGCGGGGCGCGGCGGGGCCGGCGCGUACGCAGGAUGCCCGUCAGCUACCUGGGCAGCAAGUUCUUGGGCAGCGACGUGGAGAGCGAGGACGACGAGGAGCUGGUGGACGCCUUCCUGCGGCGCGGGGAGAAGCCGCCCAGCGCGCAGCCCGCGCGCCGCCGCCUCCCCGGGCCCGUGCCCGUGGUGGAGGACAACCCGGGGCCCCGGCCGUCCAGGGCCGACAGAUGCCGCGAGUACAUCAGCCAGGUGUCCUGGGGGAGGCUGAAGCAAAGGGUGAAGGGCUGGGCGCCCAGGACCCGCCCCAACGACGUGGAGCCGGAGCCAAGGGACAGCCGUGGCCAGGGUCAGGCGGAGAGGGAGGAUGGAGAGGACCCCACCCCCAGGCGAUGGAGGCCCAGGAUCAGCUGGGCCUCCUUCCGCGGCCGUCGGAGAGAGGGGGCGGUGUCCACAGCUCACAGGACAGGGGUCCUGGCUGACCAGGGGGCGGAGGCCGUGGCUGACCAGGGGGUGGAGGACAGAGCUGACCAGGGGGUGGAGGGAAUAGCUGACCAGAGGGGUGAAGGAAUGGCUGACCAGAGGGCUGAAGAAAUGGCUGGCCAGGGGGUGGAGGCUGUGGCUGACCAGGGGGUGGAGGCUGUGGCCGACCAGGGGGUGGAGGCUGUGGCCGACCAGGGGGUGGAGGCCGUGGCCAACCAGCGGGCAGGAGCCAUGGCCGACCAGGGGGCAGAGGGCAUGGCUGACCAUGUAGUGGAGGGCAUAGCUGGCCAAGCAUCAAUGGCCACAAAGAAUCAGAGGGCAGAAGGUAUCACUGGCCAGAGGACAGGAACUCCAGCUGACCAGGGGACAGAGGCUGAAGGCCAUGGGACAGCAGAGACCUCAGCUGGUUCAGGGGCAGAGGCAGCAGGCAGCCAGAGAGUCGAGGCAGCAGAGGGUCAGAGGGCGGAGGCUGCAGGGAGCCAGAGGGUGGAGGCUGCAGAGGGCCAGAGGGUGGAGGCAGCAGAGGGCCAGAGGGUGGAGGCAGCAGAGGGUCAGAGGGCGGAGGCUGCAGGGAGCCAGAGGGUGGAGGCUGCAGAGGGCCAGAGGGUGGAGGCAGCAGAGGGCCAGAGGGUGGAGGCAGCAGGCAGCCAGAGGGCAGGGCCAUCAGCUAACCUGGAAGCUGAUACUUCAGCUGCUCGGGGCCCGCCAGGGGCUGUGCCAGGAGCCAGGGCCCAGAAACCAGUCAAGACCGUGAGGUUCCAGACCCCUGGACGCUUCUCCUGGUUCCGCAAGCGCCACAGAGCCUUCUGGCACAGCCCGCGCCUGCCAGUCCUGCCUAAGAGAGCUCCCAGGGCAGGUGACACCAGGAGCCUGAGGGUGCUGAGGGCUGAGGCCAGGGUGGAAGAGGAGCAGAGAGAGCGGGAAGACCAGCUGUGAGACCAGACCACUCUCCCUGACCCUGCCCAGCAGGCCAGAGGAGAAGGGCACAAUAGCGCCCUCUGCUGGUCCUCCCUUGUGAAAGCUUCUGCUGGCUGGCUUUAUUUUUAUUAUUUUUUAAAAU